AUGGUCGAGCAAUACACAGACGACGUCAGUGGAAACCCCUUUGUGAAAGACACAGACGAACCGAGCCGAGAGAACACCCCGGCUCCGCCUGUCUCGCCAUCGCCGAGCAAUGUACAGGAGACCUCUUUCUCAAUCGGAUGGCAGCAGCGCCAAACAGUCGGGGCGAGUCGACUGCGACGAUAUCCAACGCGCAAGAUCAACCUGGUCAAAGGGACGGUGCUGAGCGUCGACUACCCCGUUCCAAGUGCGAUUCAAAAUGCAGUCGAGCCGCAGUAUUCCAAUGAUGCCAGUAUCUCACCCGAGGAGUUCACUCACUUACGAUAUACGGCAGCGACAUGCGAUCCCGACGAAUUCACCCUCCGCAACGGCUACAAUCUCCGCCCAGCGAUGUAUAACCGGCACACAGAGCUAUUGAUCGCCAUCACAUACUACAAUGAGGACAAGGUCCUCACCGCGCGAACACUCCACGGAGUGAUGCAGAACAUCCGUGAUAUUGUCAACCUGAAGAAGAGCCAGUUCUGGAACAAAGGAGGCCCCGCGUGGCAGAAGAUCGUGGUCUGCCUUGUAUUCGAUGGAGUCGGCGCCUGUGAUAAGGAUACUUUGGACGUCUUGGCCACCAUUGGCAUUUACCAAGACGGGAUCAUGAAACGGGAUGUUGAUGGUAGGGAGACCGUCGCCCAUAUUUUUGAGUAUACCACGCAGCUGUCCGUAACCCCAGCGCAGGAGCUCGUCCGGCCGCGCAUCGACGACGACCAGGCCCAUAACCUCCCACCGGUCCAGAUGAUCUUCUGUCUGAAACAGCAGAAUAGCAAGAAGAUUAACUCGCAUCGCUGGUUGUUCAACGCGUUCGGCCGGAUCUUGAACCCGGAGGUGUGUAUUCUCAUCGAUGCGGGCACCAAGCCGGGCCAUAAGUCCUUACUUGCGUUGUGGGAAGCAUUCUACAAUGAUCGCAAUUUAGGCGGUGCCUGCGGCGAAAUUCAUGCCCUCCUGGGCCAACAAUGGGAAAAGCUUUUAAACCCGCUGGUAGCCGCCCAGAACUUCGAAUAUAAGAUCUCGAAUAUUCUGGACAAACCGCUGGAGAGCGUCUUCGGGUAUGUAAGUGUUCUCCCGGGGGCGUUCUCGGCGUAUCGCUACCGGGCAAUCAUGGGCCGCCCCUUAGAGCAAUACUUUCACGGUGACCAUACAUUAUCUGCCAAGCUAGGUCCCAAAGGUAUUGAGGGGAUGAAUAUUUUCAAAAAGAACAUGUUCCUUGCGGAGGACCGCAUCCUUUGCUUUGAACUCGUGGCAAAGGCUGGGUUCAAUUGGCACCUAACCUAUGUGAAGGCUUCCAAAGGCGAGACAGACGUACCCGAAGCACCGGCCGAGUUUCUGAGCCAGCGACGACGGUGGCUCAAUGGAUCCUUCGCGGCCGGCCUAUACUCGAUCAUGCAUUUCACUCGCAUCUACAAGAGUAGCCACAACGCCCUGCGGUUGGCUUGGUUGCAUGUCCAGCUCCUGUAUAAUCUCUGCCAGCUCGUCAUGACCUGGUUCUCUCUCGCAUCGUACUGGCUAACGACCUCGGUCAUCAUGGACAUUGUUGGGGUCCCCAGUUCGACCAACAAGAACCGCGGUUGGCCGUUUGGCAACAAGGUAACCCCAAUCGUCAACAAUGUGAUCAAGGCGACGUACGUGAUGUUCUUGAUCCAGCAAUACGUGCUAGCCCUUGGCAAUCGACCGAAAGGAUCGAAAAUGGCAUACCUCUUAGCCCUGGUAUACUUUGCCAUCGUGCAAGUAUACAUCCUAGUCCUCUCCUUCUAUCUCGUGGCUCAGGCCUUCGCCGGAGGUAGCCUGGACAUCGACGUCGACCACGGCGCGGGGGGCUUCCUGUCCUCGUUCUUCACAUCGACCAGCGGGCUCGUGCUGAUCGCGCUGGUUUCGACGUACGGCAUCUACGUGCUGGCCAGUGUUCUGUAUGCGGAUCCGUGGCACAUGAUAACCUCGUCGUGGGCCUACUUUCUCGGCAUGCCCUCGUCGAUCAACGUGCUCAUGGUGUAUGCAUUCUGCAACUGGCACGACGUGUCAUGGGGCACCAAGGGCUCCGAUCAAUCGUCCGCUCUCCCAUCAGCGCAGACGCACCACUCCUCCGCCACCGCGGAUGAUCCAUCCUCGGCCACGAACUUUGUCGUCGAGGCCGACAAGCCGCAGGCUGAUAUCGAUACCGAAUUCGAAUUGACUGUCAAGCGCGCGCUCACGCCCUACCAGCCGCCGGUCGAGCAUGGGAAGACGGAGCUGAGCGACUCCUACAAGACCUUUCGCACCAAUUUGGUGCUACUGUGGUCGCUGUCUAAUGCGUUGUUGGUGCUGCUGAUUAAUAAUGCCUCUGUCACGAACUUGUGUCUGACCAGCACAUCAACCGUUCGCACAGCCUGGUACUUCAAGAUCAUCCUCCUGACCACCUCAGCCCUAUCGGUAUUCCGCUUCCUUGGCGCGUUGUGGUUCCUGGGUAAAACCGGGCUGUUGUGUUGUUUUGCACGGCACUGA